UUCACUGGGAACAAAAUUAACUGCUGCACUGACAUUUAGCAUGGCAACCGCCGUUAAACGUUAUCGAAGAAGAACAUUUAGUAUGAAUGGAAACUGGAUGCGAAUGAGCUUGCUAUCAUUUUGAGUGGACCGGUGAAUGCUAGUCAAUUUAAUCUGGGGAUAUAAACCAUACUAAGUUAUUUAAAUAUAAACAGUUGUAUCUUCUGAAUAAAGACUGUAAGGCGUGUAAACGGGCGGCUGUUCAACCAGUGAGUCCAACUAGCAACACAUGCUAGCUUGCUAACUUUAAGUAGAGACCAAGGCCAGAAUAAAGAUGGAAACAAUACUUAACCUACCAAUCGAAAAUAAGAUAUUUUAUGCUGUUCUGGUGUUCUCAUGGACGGUGUAUCUAUGGGAGGCCUACCUUGCCUACAGACAGCGGAGAAUAUACAGGUUGACCAUGCACGUACCACAAGAGUUGGGAAAGAUCAUGGACACAGACACCUUUGAGAAGUCACGCCUUUAUCAACUGGACAAGAGCAACUUCAGUUUCUGGUCUGGACUGUAUUCAGAAACUGAGGGGACGCUGAUCCUGCUGUUUGGCGGAAUCCCUUUCGUUUGGAAAGUUGCUGGGACAGUGACUGCUCGUUUUGGAUUGGGUCCAGAGUAUGAGAUCUUCCAGUCUCUUUCAUUUCUGAUACUAGCAACCCUGUUCAGUGCAUUCACUGGUCUUCCCUGGAGUAUCUACAACACCUUUGUUAUUGAGGAGAAGCAUGGAUUCAACCAGCAGACACUGGGGUUCUUCCUAAAGGAUGCUGUGAAGAAGUUUAUUGUGACCCAGUGUAUCUUGUUGCCUGUGACCUCACUGCUCCUCUACAUCAUAAAGAUUGGUGGAGACUUCUUCUUCAUCUACGCCUGGCUCUUCACACUGGGUGUCUCGCUUGUUCUGGUGACCAUCUAUGCGGACUACAUUGCGCCCCUAUUUGACAAGUUCACCCCUUUGCCAGAGGGUGAGCUGAAGGAAGAGAUUGAAAGCAUGUCGAAGUCUAUCAGUUUCCCUCUCACUAAGGUCUAUGUUGUAGAAGGUUCCAAGCGUUCCUCUCACAGUAACGCUUACUUCUAUGGGUUCUUCAAGAACAAGCGCAUAGUGUUGUUCGACACCCUGCUGGAGGACUACUCUCCCCUCAACAAGGAUGGCGAGCCAGAGACUGACACACUAACCGAGGACAAAUCCAAGCUCAAGAACAAGAAGCAAGGCUGCAACAAUCCAGAGGUCUUGGCGGUGUUGGGCCACGAGCUGGGCCAUUGGAAGUUGGGCCACACUGUGAAAAACAUAGUAAUCAGUCAGAUGAACUCCUUCCUGUGCUUCUUCCUCUUUGCUGUGCUAAUUGGACAGAAGGAGCUGUUCAUGGCCUUUGGUUUCUAUAACAGCCAGCCCACUUUGAUUGGGUUGAUGAUCAUAUUCCAGUUCAUCUUCUCCCCAUACAAUGAGGUCCUGUCCUUCUGUCUGACUGUCCUGAGCCGCAGGUUUGAGUUCCAGGCGGACUCCUUUGCGCGGGGCAUGGGUCGAGCCUCGGAGCUCUGCUCUGCACUCAUCAAGCUCAACAAAGACAACCUGGGCUUCCCUGUGGCUGACUGGCUCUUUUCCAUGUGGCACUACUCCCACCCUCCCCUCCUGGAGCGCCUACGGGCCCUGGGAAGCACCAAGCAGGACUGACGAGUCCCAAAAGGAGAGCCACGCCCGCUGCCUCUCCCAAAGGGUUUCCACAUGCCUCUUCUGGCACUCUGAUGUAGUCUCCCCUAUUUUCCUCUCUGUUUCCCUAUUUUUGUUCUCCUUUAUCCUUGCCAUUAUGUUCCUUUUUUGGUACAAUUUUUUUUCCCAGUUUCAAACUUGCACAAUACCAAAAGUUUUCAGAAAUCUAGUGUGAGACUAGAUCUAUCAGCUAUGUUUAUUCUAGGUGUAAUGGAGUUAAGAAUGUCAAGCUAGCUGUGAGCUUAUGGUACAUGUUGCCAAUGGAGCUAUCGAUUUAUACAUUUUCCCGAUAGCUCAAACGGUUGGUAAGUUGCCAAGGAGAGCGAUCACGUGUGCUAGCCAGGCAUAGGUCCUGAGUUCGAGCUCAGUGCGAGCCGAAUCGGGAGCAGCCUGUACUCACUAAGCAAGCAGCGUGACGUCCGUAACAUAGGCAAACAUGAACAUGCAAUACCAUUGUGGGCAUAAAUAAUUACCUGAACAUUUUUAGUUUAAGCACUUGCCACUAGUACAGGUCACAUUGAUCAAGGAUUUCUCAUAUUUCAGCAAGGUUUACAUUUUUACUGAAGUUUUAUUUGAAUUUCAUUUACUCCCCUAAGAAUUUGUAAUUCCAAAUGUUUUCUCAUAAAACCUUGUUGUACAGUAGUGGAACUAUCCCUGGCCAGUAGGGGUGGAACUAUCCCUGGCCAGUAGGGGUGGAACUAUCCCUGGCCAGUAGGGGUGGAACUAUCCCUGGCCAGUAGGGGUGGAACUAUCCCUGGCCAGUAGGGGUGGAACUAUCCCUGGCCAGUAGGGGUGGAACUAUCCCUGGCCAGUAGGGGUGGAACUAUCCCUGGCCAGUAGGGGUGGAACUAUCCCUGGCCAGUAGGGGUGGAACUAUCCCUGGCCAGUAGGGGUGGAACUAUCCCUGGCCAGUAGGGGUGGAACUAUCCCUGGCCAGUAGGGGUGGAACUAUCCCUGGCCAGUAGGGGUGGAACUAUCCCUGGCCAGUAGGGGUGGAACUAUCCCUGGCCAGUAGGGGUGGAACUAUCCCUGGCCAGUAGGGGUGGAACUAUCCCUGGCCAGUAGGGGUGGAACUAUCCCUGGCCAGUAGGGGUGGAACUAUCCCUGGCCAGUAGGGGUGGAACUAUCCCUGGCCAGUAGGGGUGGAACUAUCCCUGGCCAGUAGGGGUGGAACUAUCCCUGGCCAGUAGGGGUGGAACUAUCCCUGGCCAGUAGGGGUGGAACUACCCCUGGCCAGUAGGGGUGGAACUACCCCUGGCCAGUAGGGGUGGAACUACCCCUGGCCAGUAGGGGUGGAACUAUCCCUGGCCAGUAGGGGUGGAACUAUCCCUGGCCAGUAGGGGUGGAACUAUCCCUAUCCAAUCCAUUUUAGGGGGGGGUUGAGAAAAAUAUCAGGAGUGUCAAUAGGAUGUACAGCGACUGGGCCAUCAAUGUAUUAUUAGUAGUAUAUCCUGCUGGUCGAUUGGCUCCAUCUACAACUGUUUAUUAUGAGAGGUGUGUGUGAACACUAGAACUUUAAAAGAUACACACCAUUUCAGAUUUAGUCAAGACUAUGCUUAAGAUGGAUCGUUGUUGAAGUUAUACAGGUAACUGCCAAAGUAAUGAAACACUUGAGGAAAUUAGGGAUACAAAGUAUAUUGAAAGCACGUGCUUCCACACUGGUGUGGUUUCUAAGUUAAUUAAGCAAUUAACAUCCCAUCAUGCUUAGGGUCAUGUAUAAAAACCAUGACAAUGCCCCCAUAGGAUGACGAUGCCCCUAUCCACAGGGCAUGAGUGGUCAAAUAAAAUUAUAUUUGACACAUGCACCGAAUACAAUAGGUGUAGACGUUACCAUGAAAUGCUUAUUUACAAGCCCUUAACCAACAAUGCAGGGUAAGAGGGGGGGACAAUGCAAAUAGUCUGGGUAGCCAUUUGAUUAGAUGUCCAGGAGUCUUAUGGCUUGGGGGUAGAAGCUGUUUAGAAGCCUCUUGGACCUAGACUUGGCGCUCCGGUACCGCUUGCCGUACUGUAACAGAGAGAACAGUCUAUGACUAGGGUGGCUGGAGUCUUUGACAAUUUUUAGGGCCUUCCUCUGACACCGCCUGGUAUAGAGGUCCUGGAUGGCAGGAAGCUUGGCCAAUCGCACAACCCUCUGUAGUGCCUUGCGGUCGGAAGCUGAGCGGUUACCAUACCAGACAGUGAUGCAAACAGUCAGGAUGCUCUCGAUGGGGCAGCUGUAGAACCUUUUGAGGAUAUUAGGACCCAUGCCAAAUAUUCUCGGUCUCCUGAGGGGGAAUAGGUUUCGCCAUGCCCUCUUCACAACUGUCUUGGUGUGCUUUGGACCAUGUUUGAUGUAAUAUGCAAACUCAGCAAAAAUAGAAGUGUCCUCUCACUGUCAACUGCGUUUAUUUUCAGCAAACUUAAAAUGUGUAAAUAUAUGUAUGAACAUAACAAGAUUUAACAACAGACAUAAACUGAACAAGUUCCACAGACAGGUGACUAACAGAAAUGGCAUAAUGUGUUCCUGAACAAAGGGAGGGGGUCAAAAUCAAAAUUAAGUCAGUAUCUGGUGUGGCCUCCAGCUGCAUUAAGUACUGCAGUGCAUCUCCUCGUGGACUGCACCGGAUUUGUCAGUUCUUGCUGUGAGAUGUUACCCCACUCUUCCACCAAGGCACCUGCAAGUUCCCGGACAUUUCUGGGGGGGAAUGGUGCAAGCCCUCACCCUCCGAUCCAACAGGUCCCAGACAUGCUAAAUGGGAUUGAGAUCCGGGCUCUUCGCUGGCCAUGGCAGAACACUGAUAUUCCUGUCUUGCAGGAUAUCAUGCACAGAAUGGGCAGUAUGGCUGGUGGCAUUGUCAAGCUGAAGGGUCAUGUCAGGAUGAGCCUGCAGGAAGGGUACUACAUGAGGGAGGAGGACGUCUUCCCUGUAACGCACAGUGUUGAGAUUGCCUGCAAUGACAACAAGCUCAGUCCGAUGAUGCUGUGACACACCGCCCCAGAACAUUUAUUUGACCUUUAUUUUACUAGGCAUGUCAGUUAAGAACAAAUUCUUAUUUUCAAUGACGGCCUAGGAACAGUGGGUUAACUGCCUUGUUCAGGGGCAGAAUGAUAGAUUUUUGCCUUGUCAGCUCGGGGAUUCGAUCUUGCAAACUUUCGGUUCCUAGUCCAACGCUUUAACCACUAGGCUACCUGCCGACCCAUGACAGACCCUCCACCUCCAAAUCGAUUCCACUCCAGAGUAUAGGCCUCGGUGUAACGCUCAUUCCUUUGACGAUAAACACGAAUCCGACCAUCACCCCUGGUGAGACAAAACCACGAUUUGUCAGUGAAGAGCACUUUUUGCCAUUCCUGUCUGGUCCAGCGACGUUGGGUUUGUGCCCAUAGGCGACGUUGUUGCCGGUGAUGUCUGGUGAGGAUCUGCCUGACAACAGGCCAACAAACCCUCAGUCCAGCCUCUCUCAGCCUAUUGCAGACCGUCUGAGCACUGAUGGAGGGAUUGUGUGUUCCUGGUGUAACUCGGGAAGAUGUUGUUGCCAUCCUGUAUCUGUCCCGCAGGUGUGAUGCUCGAAUGUACUGAUCCUGUGCAGGUGUUGUUACACGUGGUCUGUCACUGCGAGGACGAUCAGCUGUCCGUCAUGUUUCCCUGUAGCGCUGUCUUAGGUGCAUCUCACAGUAUGGACAUUGCAGUUUAUUGCCCUGGCCACAUCUGCAGUCCUCAUGUCUCCUUGCAGCAUGCCAAAGGCACGUUCACGCAGAUGAGCAGGGACCCUGGGCGUCUUUCUUUUGGUGUUUUUCAGAGUCGUAGAAAGGCCUUUUUAGUGGCCUAAGUUUUCAUAACUGUGACCUUAAUUGCCUACCGUCUGUAAGCUGUUACUCUCUUAACGACCGUUCCAAAGGUGCAUGUUCAUUGUUUAUGGUUCAUUGAACAAGCAAGUGUUUAAACCCUUUACAAUGAAGAUCUGUGAAGUUAUUUGGAUUUUUAUGAAUUACCUUUGAAAGACAGGGUCCUGAAAAAGGGACUUCUUUUUUUGCUGAGUUAAACAGCGAGUAGCAGCAGUGUAAAAAAGGGGCUCAAUGACAAUAGUCCAGGUAGCCUUUUGAUUAACUGUUCAGUAGUCGCUUAGGUGUAGAAGCUGUUAAGGAGCCUUUUGGACCUAGACUUGGCUUGAUGAGCAUGAACUAUGUAAACCAUAUGCCACGGUCGUCUGUCACCAGAUCUCAACCCAAUUGAACACUUGUGGCAGAUUCUGGAUCAGGCGCCUGAGACACCACCACCAUUGAAACACCCAAUUUAUAGAAUUUCUUGUGGAAUAAUGGUAUUGCGUCCCUCCAAUAGAGUUCCAGAUACUUGUAGAAGCUAUGCCAAAGUGAAUUUAAGCUGUUCUGGCAGCUCAUUGUAGCCCAACACCCUAUUAACUUAUGAAGACACUUUGUUGGUGUUUCCUUUUAUUUUGGCAGUUACCUGUAUUAAGGUUUGAGUGCAUGUGACUUCCCAGGGUUCUGUCACUUGUGGUGAUAGUUUUUAAGUAAUACUUGGGCCAAUGAUGGACCAAAGGAAUUUUCAAUUUAGGUUAAAUUUCCUAAUUUCUUUUUACAACACAAUUUUUCUAUUUUUUAAUGCACUUUUAAUGGUCUGAGGAUACUGUACUUGUAAAUCAUUGAAUAGCUUAAUGGCAAAGGGAGAAAAAGUGAAUACAUUUGUAAUAUAUGAAUGUGGUUUGGACUCCUGUUAAUGUUUUUUUUUUUUCUCUCUUCUGGUUCCUGUGUGUGUGAGGUGUGAUAGUGAACCCAGUUUUGACUGAGGGGGGCUACAUCAGAUGAAUCAAGUGUUUGGUUUGUUAUAGAAGGACAUACUUUUCUUGCAGCAUUGUGAAUAAAGUCCCUCACAGCA